AUGCGCCCGCUAGAGCGCGCCGCGGAGCCGCCUGAGCCUGAGCCUGAGCCUGAGCCUGAGCUCUGGAGCUCCGCGAGAGUGAGAGAGGACCUGAGGCAGUCGGGGAGACUACGCGCUGGAGACGAAGCACGGACCGCGGCUUCGUGCUGGACCGAACACGGCGGUGAAAGCUGGGUCUCUCUGCAGUGUCACUCUUUGGACAUAACCAAUGGAAAAGAGGUGGAGAGAGGGGCGAUGGGCGGAGGAUGGCCUGGCCAACGUUUCAACACACAACAAAGCCCACACAGGAUGUCGUGGGCCAGAGGGCUCUUUGUACGAAAUGUGGACGAGCGAAAAACUGCAUGGGGAGAGCGCAAUGGCAAGAAACGAAAGGACAGUUCCUCUCUGUGCCACUCCCGCUACAUGAGCUGUCUGCGAGAUGCUGAAGAUCUCGACUCGCCUAAUGCCGCCUCUCAGCACUAUCCAGGUGGAGCUGGCACCAGCGCAGGUAACUACAACCUGCGCUGCAUGUGGCAAGAGGACCACUACCUUAAGAAGCCCACCGCUGGAGAUGUAGGCCUUAAGGCUGUGGACCUGGGCUUUGAAGAUGGUGACGUGAAGGGCAGGAAGGAGGAUGAACUGGGGGAGCGGAGAGAGGCCAGCUCCAAGGCCAUGAGCGCUCUAGACUGCUGGAGGAGAGUGGUUUGGGUUUUUCAAUCAAAGAAGUUUAGUUCGGCCAAACUGGAGCGCCUGUACCAACGCUACUUUUUCAGACUGAACCAGAGCUCCCUCACCAUGCUGAUGGGGGUGCUGGUGGUUGUGUGUGGCGUCAUGCUGGUGUUCCACUGCAUUAAUGCCAGUCUGGACAUUGCUUACAUCUCCAUCCUCUCUGUGGCCAUGGCGCUGUUCCUGGCUUUGAUGGUGGUGUGUAACCGUAACGGCUUCCACCAGGACUACAUGUGGAUGGUCAGUUAUUUGGUGAUGGGUGUGCUCAUUGUGGUCCAGGUCUUUGGGGUGCUCAUGGUGCACCCUCGCAGUGCCUCGGAUGGUGUCUGGUGGACCGUCUUCUUCAUUUAUAUAAUCUACACUCUUCUUCCGGUGCGAAUGAGAGCUGCUGUGCUCAGUGGAGCGGUGCUGUCGACCAUUCACCUGGUUACAGCCUGGCAACUCAACCAGGAGGACAAGUUCAUUUUCACACAGAUCAUUGCCAACGUGCUGAUCUUCCUGUGUACUAACAUGAUUGGGAUUUGCACCCACUACCCGGCUGAGGUGUCCCAGAGACAGGCUUUCCAAGAGACCAGAGGCUACAUCCAGGCCAGGCUGCACCUUCAGAGGGAAAACCAACAGCAGGAGCGCCUACUACUGUCAGUGCUGCCAAGGCAUGUUGCUGUUGAAAUGAAGGAGGAUAUCAAUGCCAAGAAGGAAGAUAUGAUGUUCCACAAGAUCUACAUCCAAAAGCAUGACAAUGUUAGUAUACUGUUUGCAGACAUUGAAGGCUUCACCAGUCUGGCGUCCCAGUGCACAGCACAGGAACUGGUCAUGACUCUGAAUGAACUGUUUGCUCGCUUUGACAAACUGGCCUCGGAAAACCACUGCCUGCGAAUCAAAAUCCUGGGAGAUUGUUACUAUUGUGUGUCUGGGCUUCCCGAGCCCCGCGCUGACCACGCCCACUGCUGUGUUGAGAUGGGAGUUGACAUGAUUGAAGCUAUUUCGUUGGUGCGAGAGGUGACGGGAGUUAACGUGAACAUGCGGGUGGGCAUUCACAGUGGGCGGGUUCACUGUGGGGUGCUGGGUCUUCGCAAGUGGCAGUUUGACGUCUGGUCCAACGAUGUGACUCUUGCCAACCAGAUGGAGGCCGGGGGUAAAGCUGGGCGUAUUCACAUCACCAAAGCCACUCUGCAAUAUCUAAACGGGGAUUAUGAGGUUGAGCCAGGACAUGGGGGGGAGAGGAAUGCUUACCUGAAGGAGAACGACAUCGAAACAUUCUUGGUGUUGGGCUGCAGCCAGAAAAGGAAAGAGGAGAAAGCUAUGAUGGCCAAGAUGCAGAGGGCACGGGCAAACUCAUUGGAUGGACCCAUCUCACACUGGGGGCAGGACAGAUAUUCCAGGAACAAGGGCUCCAAAGUCUUAAGGAAGAUGGGCAUCGAUGAAGCCUCCAGCAAAGACAAUCGUUGUGCUCAAGAGGCGCUGAACCCUGAGGAUGAGGUGGAUGAGUUUCUGGGACGGGCCAUUGACGCACGCAGCAUAGACCAGCUCCGGAAAGACCACGUCAAAAAGUUUUUACUUACAUUUCAGACUCCGGAUUUAGAAAGAAAGUAUUCCAAAAAGGUGGAUGAUCGAUUUGGAGGAUAUGUUGCCUGCACUCUGUUUGUUUUUUGUUUUAUUUGCACCAUCCAGAUGACUGUUUUUACAAGAACCCCUCUUAUGGUUGGUCUUUACAUCAGCGUAUUCAUUAUGCUUGUCAACAUCCUCUUUAUUUGUGCUAUUUAUUCUUGUAUAAAACGGUUCCCAGCUGCCUUGCAGACUCUGACCAAGAAGAUAGUCCAGUCUCGUGCACACAGUACAGUGGUGGGCGUUUUCACAAUUCUGCUGCUCUUCAUCUCAUCCUUUGCCAAUAUGUUUUCGUGCAGUGUGGAGGCUCUGAGCGACUGUGUUUUGGAUGAGCUGAACACUUCAGUGAAUCUGUGUCUGCUGCACAACCUGAGCACCAUGUCCGCUGACGGCCUGACUCUGUGUUCCAGGCAAACCAUGCCCUGCCAUUUCCCAGAGUAUUUCAGUUACUGUGUCCUGCUGACCCUGAUGACCUGCUCAGUGUUCCUCCACAUCAGCAGCAUCGGGAAGCUGGCACUCAUGCUCUUUGUGCAGCUCUCGUUCCUGCUGCUGGUGGAGUGGCCUCAGGUGGCACUGUUCGAUAACGCAGACCUGCUCGUCAGUGCCAUCACCCUGCCUAGUUUCAAUGAAACAACAGAACAGUGUCUGGACAGUGUGAACAAAGUUCCUCUGAAGGUGAUGACACCUGUGAUUCUCACAGUGUUUGUGUUGGCACUGUACCUGCACGGCCAGCAGGUGGAGUCUACAGCACGACUUGACUUCCUCUGGAAACUGCAGGCUACGGAGGAGAAGGAGGAGAUGGAGGAGCUUCAGGCCUAUAACAGACGUCUGCUCCAUAACAUUCUGCCCAAAGACGUGGCAGCCCAUUUUUUGGCCCGAGAGAGGCGCAAUGAUGAGCUGUACUAUCAGUCCUGCGAGUGUGUCGCUGUCAUGUUCGCCUCCAUUAGCAACUUCUCUGAGUUUUAUGUGGAACUAGAGGCAAACAAUGAGGGAGUGGAGUGUCUGCGCCUGCUCAAUGAAAUCAUCGCAGACUUUGACGAGAUCAUUAGUGAAGACUGUUUCCGUCAGUUGGAGAAGAUUAAGACCAUCGGCUCCACGUACAUGGCAGCAUCCGGCCUCAAUGACUCCACAUACGACCGAGAAGGCCGCUCACACAUCCUGGCACUGGCCGACUACGCCAUGAGGCUGAGGGAACAGAUGAAGUACAUCAACGAACACUCCUUCAACAACUUCCAGAUGAAGAUCGGUCUAAACAUGGGGCCGGUGGUGGCAGGAGUGAUAGGAGCCAGGAAGCCUCAGUACGACAUCUGGGGGAACACGGUGAAUGUGGCCAGCCGCAUGGACAGCACAGGAGUCCCCGAUUACAUCCAGGUGACAACGGACUUGUAUCACGUGCUUUCCAGUCACGGAUACAAGCUGGACUGCCGCGGCCUGGUCAAAGUCAAGGGGAAGGGUGAGAUGACCACUUACUUCCUCACCAGCGGCCCUCAAGAGGAGGAAGAGACACUCGCUCCAUCCAGCCCCGCGCUCACUCACUCCUCUCAGCCCAAGCACACAGCACAGACCGGGGCGCUGAGAGAGACGAGAGAGAGAGACGAGCUUUGGACCAUAUUGCUCGGAAUAGUUCUGAGAGUCGACAUGGUGAUGACACGCUUUUAA